GCACUGCGUCGUAUCACGGGCGACGUGACGCAGCCCUUGAAAAAAAAACUGGGGAAAAGAAGCCAUCGAUAAAUUGAGAGUUGUUGAGGGGGAAAAGCGAGAAACAUUGUUUAUAAGUGCAAUUAUCUUUAGUUUCGUACGCGUCGAGUAGCUUUGGAUACGAGCUUGUUUUUUCUCUCGGAAACAUGGGGAACUGCCACACCGUCGGACCCAACGAGGCCCUGGUGGUUUCAGGUGGCUGCUGCGGCUCCGAUCAGAAGACGUAUGUCGUGGGAGGCUGGUCUUGGGCCUGGUGGCUCAUCUCUGACAUCCAACGAAUGUCUCUGGAGGUUAUGACCAUCCUCUGUCGCUGCGAGAAUAUCGAAACGUCGGAGGGUGUUCCCCUGGAUGUGACAGGGGUGGCUCAGGUGAAGGUGAUGAUAGAAAACGAGCUGCUGGGUUACGCCUGCGAACAGUUCCUGGGCAAGUCGGUCAUCGAAAUCAAGAGCGUCAUCCUGCAGACCCUUGAGGGUCACCUGCGCGCCAUCCUCGGCACCCUAACCGUCGAGCAGAUUUACCAAGAUCGAGACAAAUUCGCCUCUCUGGUGCGAGAGGUGGCGUCCCCCGACGUGGGCCGCAUGGGCAUCGAGAUCCUCAGCUUCACCAUCAAGGACGUGUAUGAUAAAGUGGAGUACCUGAGCUCGCUGGGCAAAUCUCAGACAGCCGCAGUACAGAGGGACGCAGACAUCGGAGUGGCGGAGGCAGAGAGGGACGCUGGCAUCAGGGAAGCUGAGUGUAAAAGAGAAAUGAUGGACGUCAAGUUCUUAGCUGACACGAAAAUGGCCGACUCCAAGCGAGAGCUGGAAAUGCAGAAAGCUUCCUUUAACCAGGAAGUGAACACCAAGAAAGCAGAGGCUCAGCUGGCGUACGAGCUGCAGGCGGCCAAAGAGCAGCAGAAGAUCCGUCUGGAGGAGAUCGAGAUCGAGGUGGUGCAGAGGAAGAAGCAGAUCACCAUUGAGGAGAAGGAGAUCGACCGCACUGAAAAGGAGCUCGUCGCCACCGUGAAGAGACCUGCCGAGGCGGAAGCCUACAAGAUGCAGCAGCUGGCUGAGGGAAUGAAGAUAAAGACGGUGCUGACGGCGCAGGCAGGGGCCGACAAGAUCCGCCUCAUCGGUGAGGCCGAGGCCUCCUCUAUUGAAGUGGUGGGCAAGGCAGAGGCCGAGAGGAUGAGGCUGAAAGCUGAAGCCUACCAGCUGUACGGCGAGGCGGCCAAGACGGCUCUGGUCCUGGAGGCUCUGCCCCUGAUUGCCAAAAAGGUGGCUGCACCCCUGUCCAAGACCACUGAGAUUGUCAUCCUGACCGGAGAUAGCAACCGUGUGACCGGCGAGGUGAACCGUCUAUUAGCUGAGCUCCCCGUGUCCAUCAACGCGCUCACUGGAGUGGAUCUGACGAAGCUCCCUCUGCUCCAGAAGAUGAUGAGCCCACAGUGCCAAACAGCCAUCUGAAGAAUCAGGCCAGAGACUCGUCAAUCUGAAUCUUUCAACGUUUAUCUGCCUCAAGCAUGAGUUUUUGUUUUGUAGGAGUCGACCUCUGACCCCUUAUGCAACUGCCUUUGACCAGAAACACUUGACAUCCACCAAGAAGUUUAAAAAAAAUAUAUUUCUAAGAGGUUGUUUUAUUUUCUAAAGGAGAAACGAAAGCUGGGGCCUUAACUUCCAAAGGACCAGACUCUAUGUACCUUCUGUUGUUUUUAAGUUCUAGACACAUUGUUACUUGUCGCACUGCACUAGUUAUCCAGGAUUCUAUCCUGCAAUCUCGUUCUGUCAAAAGUCUGAGUUGGCCCACUUUGAAUGGCUUUGAACAUUAUUUUUAGAAGGACAAACAAAACUCACUGUAAAUGGUCCAAAAUAUUAAGACCAAAUCUGAUUAUUGUUGUCUUCUGCAGAGCUGCUGAAGUCUCUGCCUAAUAGUCUGGAGUGCACCUCCUCUCUGUCAGGUGUACGGCCCCUCGUCCUCGUCAGAGCCCACUUAGUGAAGCAACUCGCAGUAGACUGAGCCCGGUGUGGAUGGUACCGCUUUACUUUCCUCUUUGCUUUUGAAAACUCUUCUUCUCAUAGAUGAGUCCACUCUAACUCAGAGAACUUGAUUGAUUACCAAACCGCUGUUCCUCUCAACGCCCUAGAUCUUCACCCACUGUGAUUGUAGAAUUUUGCAGCAUAUUCCAAUAUCGGUAACAUACGAAUCCCUUGUAUGAGCGUUCUUACCUCGCGGUACAGCGCCAUGUCCUCUUCCCGUCCUGAUGUGCAGUGCCUGUUCACCACUCAAGUGCCCAAACCUUAGAACAGUGGUUUGGUUUUAGUUGGAUUUAUGUGUGAGUAUAUCACUGUUUAUAGAUGGAUGACGUUUUAAUAUAGCUCCCUGUUCUCAUCACAUCUGCUUCUACUAACAGUGUUUACUCUUCACUUUUGUCCCGUGUUUAGACACAUAGGCAGAUACAUAAGACCAAGCCAUACUUGGAGAAGAUUAGCCUUAAAAGAUAACCCUGGACGCCCGCCGAGGCUCACCGAACUUUUCUUUUGAACUCAAAGUAACACAUGGAAGACGUUCAGGGUCUGAGCUUUAGUUUUGUCGUUAAAGCUCAGAUGCAGUUACGGGUUUUCUCGGGCGCGGUUUGAAAUGCUCACUUUCCCAUAUUUUGUAACCUUUUUAAAGGUUGAGCGUUGCUUCUCUGAACCGCACCCGACCUGUGAAUCCCACGUCGCGUUCAGGUGCUCCGCACCUCGUUCAGGUGAACACGUGCUGCGUUUAUGCUCGAGAGUUCUUCAGUUUGGUAAAUGUAAGCUCGAGCAGUUGGACCGUUCACUUUUUCCUGCCGCAUCAUGUGAAGCAUCAACUCUUUUUUUUUAGUUUAGCCUACAGGUCAAUCAAAUCACUGCACGCAUUCUGCUGUUACAAUCAUUUAAAUGUGCAAUGUGAUGUUUCAGUGCCGAGUCCUCUCUUGCGACACAGUGUGCACCCGGCUUCAACCUCCAGAUGGCGCCAUCGCCCCAGGAUCUGAACCCGUAUGAGUUACUCUUCAACAUUAAAGAGCCGUUAGUUGUCAGGAAUUCCAACAUCUUAUUUUCAUAUCACACUUUUGCUACAUCAUCCGACCUGCUUGCAAGUGAAGUGGGUUUUUAUUAUCAUUUUGUGUUUUGCCUUCAGGGUUAAUCGUUAAUCGUCAUUAACCACUUAUACAUUUUUUUUAAUGUGUUUAAUUUUGCCACAGUUAUUUUAGUUUUCUUUACCUUCUGUGAAUAAACUUUAUGGCUCACAGCUUGUUCCAAAUUCAAAUUCUGCAACUCCUUUUACCGGCUGUUUAUGAAAUUGCUGCCUGAUUUGUCGCAGAGACAAUAAUAUUACUAACGUGUAGACGUGCAAUGUUCCUCACGGUCAUUUAAAGUGGGCCAGUAUUUUUUUUUUUAACUCGUUUUCUAAGCUGUGAGAAGUCUCAGUUGACACUACAGCGUUGUCUUUUAGAGAUGGAGACACGCGUCAUCUUUAAAUCUGCUGCGCGACAGAUGGAUGACGGUCCUGCUCGCCGUUAGGGCAGAAAAACACUGUGGCUUGGAAAUGUAAAACUACCCACUCGCUGUAGAGUCUCAAUGCAUUUAAGAGGAGAAAUGGAGCAGUUGCAGAAUCAUCUGACAGUUUAAAAAGCGGCCACUCCCAUUAUGUUCUUCUCUUCUUUUCUUUUUUUACAUAUCGGAGAAUAAUCAACUGUGAGUGUUUGUUUCCAGACUGGCGUAAGGUUCAAUCUUCUAAAUAGCAUGGUUAAAAACUUUGUAAUGCUCCUUUUUAGUUCAAAAAGUAGAUUUUGUUUUUGUACCCAGUGCCUUUUGUUAGACAAUGAAGAGGUCAUUCAUAAUUAAAAUAUACCGUUUGUUUACUCGGGAUUAUUCAAGUGGGAAUUUACUGUAAAACAAAAACUGGCUUAUAGAACAUCUAAAAGUGUUCAUCUGUACGUUUUUUUAUUCAAAUGUACGAAGGAACAACCAUAUAUCUAUUAGUUAAAUGACAAAUAUAAAUGUAGCAUUUAAUAGCUUCUCCUUCUCAAAGUGUUUUCAUUUAUUUGGCCAUUGUAUUUUGUGCCAAAAGUACAAUUUCUUGAUUUGUCUAACGAGAAUAACGUUCUGUUGCUCAACGUGAGGAGAAUGUGAUUAAAGACCAAACACCAGACAGACCUACGCCUUAACUCUCGUCUUCACCUGAAACAUGUCCAUCUGUCACGGAAAAAUAACCUGUAAUCUCUAUGAAAGUGAUAUGUAGCUUCUCACGUUACACGGGCCUUUGGGAAACUGGUCGCAUGGCAUUUUCAAGCACGUCUUCAUGUUGUUCUGUGUUGUGUGUCGCCCUAUAAUAAACAUUAUACCACUUCC